UUUUCCAGAGGUCAGAGUCCUGAAACGUCCGAGCUCAACUUCCUCCAGAAGGCUCAGAUGCUGGAGACAUAUGGAGUGGACCCUCAUCCAUGCAAGGAUGUGUCUGGCAACCCAGCAUUUCUGGCUUUCACUCCUUUUGGAUUCACUGUGCUGCAAGGAAACAGGAGGGUCCAUUUACUCAAUUGGGAUGAGGUGACCAAACUCAAGUUUGAAGCAAAGACAUUCCACAUAUAUGCAAAUCAGAAAGAGGACAAGAAGAUCAUACUGACUUACUUUGCACCGACACCUGAGGCCUGUAAGCAUCUGUGGAAGUGUGGAGUCGAGAAUCAGGCCUUCUUCAAGCUGGAGAAGUCGAGUCAAGUCCGAACUGUGUCCAGUAGUAAUCUCUUCUUCAAGGGAAGUCGCUUCAGAUACAGUGGAAAAGUUGCAAAGGAAGUAAUGGAACAAAGUGCCAAAAUUAAAAGAGACCCUCCUGAGAUCCACAGGGCCGGCAUGGUACCAAGUAGGAGCUGUCCAUCCAUCACCCACGGCCCUCGUUUGACCAGUGUACCCAGGACCCGACGCAGAGCUGUGCACAUCUCCAUCAUGGAAGGUUUGGAGUCCCUUCGAGACAGCGCCCACUCUACGCCCGUGCGCUCCGUCUCCCACGGUGAUACCUUCAUGUACUCCCGGCGCCAGCUGGUGGACGGCAGCGAGGCAAGCACAUCAGCGGUCAUCUCCGACGAGGCCUACAGCCCCUCGGACAGUGUGCUGCCCACGCCCGUGGCUGAACACGGCGCAGAGAUGCCAUUGGCUCGUAACCUCAACGGAUCUCCCUGCAGCAUCGACGAGGAGCAGGAGGCAAAGAAGGGAAUAUCGAAGAAAGAGCAUGCGGCAGAGUUCAGGCCUGGCAGGAGAGCGUUGGGUAUGGUCAGGAGAAGGCCGUCACCACCUAGUGACGUAGAGGAGCUGAACAAAUUUGUCCUGAGCGUGCUGCGUCUAUUUCUGGUCACCAUUGGAUUGCUGUUCGCUCUGCUGCUGCUCCUCAUCAUGCUGACUGAGUCAGACCUGGACAUAGCCUUCCUGAGAGACAUCCGCAAGACACCUGAAUUCCAGCAGUUCCACUUUGAAUACUUCUGCCCUCUGCGGCGCUGGUUCGCCUGUAAGUUACGUUGGAUGGGAGGUUUCCUUAUCAGCAAGUGAGGCGAGCUGAAGGAUCCAGAGACUGUAUGACACAACACCGGACUCCACUGAUGGAGAUGGGACACGUACCACAGGCGGUGAGAGGAGGGAAAUUGAAAAUGUGGCAGCCCUGUUCCCCACAUGGACUCAGCUUUUAGAAGGAGUUCCAAUCACAGAGCCCCUGAUUAGCCUUGUUCGACCAUCACUGCGAGGAAAGAAAAUCUUAUUUUUGGGAAAUUAUUAGGAUUAUCAUUUCUACACAAAGUCACAACAACAGGGUUUAAUUUAAACACUGAAAGGGACAAACAAGUCUAAUAGACUUUACUUAUUCAACCACCAAUAACAGUUGCCUUUAUUUUUGUAUAAUUUAUGUGUCGUGACAUUAUUGUUAGGCAGAACUCGAUGUGUUGGGGUUUAUGCGUUUUGUUGACAUGCACGUUUUGUUUUUUCUUUAAAGUUUUGAGAGAAGGCGAUGGGACGAGGGUGCAGUCUAGCUCGUCUCGUCAUUUAAUGUCAAAGCCAACAACAACAUUAGCGAUGAUUAAAUGUGGUUAUAGUCACUUCUAAGACUGAGUUGUAACAGUACCUGGGUGGUGUGUGUGUCUGUGUGUGUGUGUGUGUGUGUGUGUGUG